UAAAUUGUACUGACACAUAUUUGUAUAGCAUUAAUGCAGACCUGACUAAUGGUUUGUGUUCACUCAUAAAAAGCUGACAUUGUAAAAUGUUCCUGCGAUGAUGGCGAAAAUUAACUUGCACAUAUUGCUUUUCGUCGUCAAUUCUGAAAUAUUACAGACCUUCUGUAGGAAUUGCAGUUUUUCACGAAUGACAAAGAUAAAAGUUGAAAAAUGCCCAGCAUCUUUAGAAGAGUGGACAAAUGCAGCCAUGUCAAAGAAUUGUUCCUUGAUUUCACAGACAUGCGUUCCAAGCAGUGAGUUUAAGUACCACUGUGUUCGAAAUGCAUUUUCCAAUGCUACAGUUGAAGUUUGCGCCCCGAUUUGGAGGAGCACAGGCUACUGUGUUGAAUACAAUGAGGAUGGAGAAGUCAUUCAGGACAAUUAUUAUGCACCUUGUACCAAUUUUUCUACACCAUGUCCGGUUCCAUACAUCUCAACUGAUAUUUAUAAAUAUCAACAGUGCUUCAGACUGAUAAAGUCCAACAACACUGAUUAUAUGCCAAUUCCUAAAGAGAGUUCGUUUAAUGCCAUCACAGGAGUAGUAAUUGGACUGUCGCUCUUCUUCGUAUGUUUGAUAGUUAUUUGCGUUGUUUGCUAUAAAG